AUGAGUGGGGAGUGGGUGCACCCAGGCCAGACCCCGAUCUGGGCUGUUUGGGUCCUUGCAGCUGCCACCGAGAGUGAGACACCCAUGAGGAACACCAGGCUGGGAUGGGUCUGGGGGAAGCAAGCUACUGUGCUGGGAAACGACAUGCCUGUGAACGUGUUCCUUGAGAUCCCUUAUGCUGCACCCCCUGUAGGACUCCUGCGAUUUGCAAAACCAGAGCCUGCAUUGCUCUGGAAUGAUUUCCAAAACGCUACAUCCUACCCUAAAUUGUGCCUCCAGAACUCAGAGUGGCUGUUCUCAGAUCAACACAUUCUCAAGGUGCAUUAUCCCAAACUCAGCGUGUCGGAAGACUGCCUGUACCUUAACAUCUAUGCACCGGCCCAUGCGGACACCUGCUCCAAACUCCCCGUCAUGGUGUGGCUCCCUGGGGGUGCCUUGGAGACUGGCUCAGCAUCCAUCUUCGACGGGUCUGCCCUGGCUUCCUACAAGGACGUGCUUAUUGUGGCUAUCCAGUUCCGGCUAGGAAUAUUCGGCUUCUUCAACACAGGGGACAAGCACGCCCUGGGGAACUGGGCCUUCAUGGACCAGGUGGCUGCCCUGACCUGGGUGGAGAACAUCGAGUUCUUUGGUGGGGACCCACACUGCGUGACCAUCUUUGGCGAGUCAACAGGAGCUAUAAGUGUUUCCAGCCUUAUUCUGUCCCCCAUGGCCAAAGGCUUAUUCCACAGAGCCAUCAUGGAGAGUGGGGUGGCCAUCAUCCCUUACCUGAAGGCCCCUGAUUACGAGAGGAAAGAUGAUUUGCAGAUGGUUGCAGAUAUUUGUGCUUGCAACGUGUCAGACUCCGUGGCCCUGCUACAGUGCCUGCGGGCAAAAUCCUCCAAGGAGUUGCUGAGCAUCAACCAGAAAACCAAGUCUUUCACUCGAGUGGUUGAUGGCUUUUUCUUUCCUCAUGACCCUUUAGACCUGUUGGCUCAAAAAUCAUGUAAGCCAGUUCCUUCUAUCAUCGGAGUCAAUAACCACGAGUGUGGCUUCCUGCUGCCCAUGAAGGAGUUUCCUGAGGUCCUCGGGGGCUCCAACAAGUCCCUCGCCCUGCAGUUGAUAUACUCAAUCCUGCAUAUCCCUGUCCAGUAUUUAUACUUUGUGGCUAAUGAAUAUUUCUACAACAAGCACUCUCUGAUUGAUAUACGAAAUUACUUCCUGGAUUUGCUUGCAGAUGUGUUCUUUGUGAUCCCUGGGCUGGUCACAGCUCAAUAUCACAGAGAUGCUGGUGCACCUGUCUACAUCUAUGAGUUUCAGCAUCGGCCCCAGUGCUUAAAGGAUAAGAAGUCACCUUUUGUCAAAGCUGAUCACACUGAUGAAAUCUGCUUUGUCUUUGGAGGUGCCUUCCUGAAGGGCGACAUUGUCAUGUUUGAAGGAGCUACAGAGGAAGAGAAACGGCUGAGCAGGAACAUGAUGAGAUAUUGGGCUAACUUUGCUCGGAUUGGGAAUCCUAAUGGGGAAGGCCUGCCCCUGUGGCCGGCCUAUGGUCAGACCGAGGAUUACUUACAGCUGGACUUGAACAUGAGCGUGGGACAGAGACUGAAAGAGCUGGGGCUGGAGUUUUGGACGGACACCCUCCCCCUGAUCAUGUCCUCUUCCAGAACUCUCCUUGCUUCUCUUUCUUUCUUAACCUUCCUUUCUCUGCGCCUGCCUUUCAUUUUCUCUUUUGCUCCUUGA